AUGCCGGAGGUGCGUCCCAGAGUGACCGGCGAAAAGGGUCGGUCCAAGUCCAAGAGCGGCUUGGCGAUGAGCACGAGCAAGUCGACGAGCGAGGUGGUGGAACGUCGGAAGCUGGUGUCGCUGCGGAGGCGAUGCGAUGAGGCGCGGGCGUUGAAGGACGAGGCGCCGGGGCUGGUGGAUGUGGAAGAUGUUGCGCCUGGGGCUGGGCUUGUCUCGGUACCGUCGUCGUCGGUUGCGUCGCUUGUUGCCGACUCGCCGACUGCGCUGAGGACGGCCGAGUCAGCGGGGCGGAUGUACGCGGCGCUUCGGGGCCGGCCAGGUCGGAGGGCGUCGAUUGGGUCUGUGGGCUCGACCAGCCCGCUCGGCUCGUGGUCCUCGUCGGUAUCGACUGCAUCUUGCACGUCGUCGUCGUCGCUCGAGCCGCGGCCGCUGCGGGCGAGGCCGGCGCGGAAGUCGAGACGAGCCUCGGUUGCGGCCAUCAAUACGGUGGCGACCGAGCACGCGCCGCCGUCGGCAGCCAUCGUUGUCCACCUGGCGCAUGUUGCGCUUCGCAGCGCUUCGUCCGAUCCACCGGCGCCUCCGCAGCCGUUUCUACGAUCGCGCUACGGCGUGCCUCCUCGUAAGGAGACCCUCGCUGCGCCGUCUGCCGAUGAAUCUGACCUCGCCGAGCUUGUCCUCCUUCACCACCGGCGCGAAGCCGCGCGAUCGCUCGAGCUCCACGGCACGCCUCAUCGAGACCACAGAAGGACGCUCGGCGUGGCGGUGGCUGGCGCAGGCGGCGGCGAUGCGUGGGACGGGCUGGAGGAGGGCGUGGUCCCGGUGGCGACGUCGAUCUUCCCGGGCAGGAUGGAGUCGUUUGAUGUGGAGCGGGCGCUGGAGGGGCUGAUGGCGCAACAUGCACCCGAGGUGGUGGUGCUGACGCUGCCGCCGGUGGGUGUGGCACGGAGCCGCGGUGCAACGGUGCGGAUCGCCAACAUCCUGCUCGGGAGGACCAAGGCCGGAACCAAGAUGGCGAUGGCCGAGAGCAAGAUGAAGCGGAUCGGGCGUGGAGUGCUGGUACCAGCGAGUGCCGAGCCCGGCGCCGACCAUGUCGAUCUGCCACAGCUGGUUAUGUGGGACGAGGGUGUGUGGCUGGACGAUCAGGUCGGGCUGGGGCGGGUUGUGGCAUGGCAGGCGGCACUGGGCGAGGCGCGGGCUGCGGCACCGGUGGUGGAGCGUUUGAAGGAGGAGCAAGUGCUGAAAGGGAGGAAGAAGGUGUCGCGGACGCGGGCCGGGCUCCGUGACGUGGCCGCCAUCGGCGCCGCGCUGCAUCUGGUCAGCUUUCUGCGGGCCGGGCGCGAGUGGUGGGGGAGGCGGAAGUAA